AUGGAUGUGGACCAAAUCUUCGACUUCAACAGUUCCCUUGGGAAGGAUGUAACUGAAGCUACCAUUCCGCCGCGUCCCAAUUGCGAUCAAGCUAUUCAAAAACUCGAAAAGGCGUCAAGCGAGGGAGACUUAUCUACUGUGCAGCGCAUAUUCGAUGAAUUCCGCAGCACCUCUGCUUGUGAACAUUGGCUUACAGGGCCAGGGAGCAGUCUUUUCUUUGCAGUUCAGAAUUGUCGCAGUGCUAUUGUCGAAUACCUUCUAAGUCAAGGCGUAUCUCUGGAUAUUAACCAUAUCAAAGCUGCUAUCCUUAAUAAGGAUGAGGCUUUACUUGAGCUAUUCCUCAAAUAUGGAUGGGAUAUAAACAAACAGAUGGAAUGGGCGGUUCCGCCACCACUUUCACUUGCGGUUCAGAAUGCAGACCUCGUUACUUGGUUCCUCUCUCAUGGUGCAAAUCCAAAUGCUGGAUGCCAGUUGGACUUGACCCCAUUGUCAUAUGCCGUUCAAUAUGCGCCGUUCGACGUUAUUAAGACACUCUUCGACUAUGGUGGCUCAAUUCAUAGAGGACAGCUAGUUCAUUACGCUGUCCGUCGUGAUCAACCAGAUACCCUCGAAGUCCUGGCUUACCUCCUCAAUAAGGGUGCGUCUAUUAAUGACGUGAUGUAUCAGAAUCAGAUGGAUUCCUAUCGACUACAACAAGCAUUUGGACUUGGCACUCCUCUUCAUGAGGCAGCUCAGCGCGGGAAGCUGGAGGUGAUCCGAUUUCUGCUGGAGAAAGGCGCAGAUCCAAAUAUCACAGACUCUCUUGGGCAGACAGCCGUUCAACGCGCUGAGAUCUCCCAGCACCCAGAGGUGGCUGACUUUAUGCGCCGCACUGCGUCGAUCCUCCCACAGUAG